CGAGCGAGCGCCGUGGGCGAUGUCGGGCGGGCGGAGGGCGAGCGGCGGGCCGGGCGGCGGGCGAGCGCUGGGGCUGGGCGCUGUGCUGCUGUGGCUGUGCUGGCGGGCGGCGGCGGAGCGGCUCCGCUACUCCAUGGCCGAGGAGCUGCCCAGAGGCUCGCUGGUGGGGCCGCUGGCCCGGGACCUGGGGCUCAGCGCCGACGAGCUGCCGGCGCGCAAGCUGCGGGUGGCGUCUGCCGGCAAAAAGCAGCUGAAAUUCUUCACGGUGAGCGAGGAGAACGGGAACCUGUACGUGAGCGAGAGGCUGGACCGGGAGGAGCUGUGCGGCGAGUCGUUGUCCUGCUCCGUCAGCUUCGAGGCGCUGGUGCACAACCCGCUCAACGUCUUCCGUGUCGAGGUGGCCAUUGAGGACGUGAAUGACAAUUCCCCGUCCUUCAGCAAGGCUGUUUUGGACCUCGAGAUCGGUGAAUUAAUCCCUCCCGGUGCUCGUUUUCCUCUGGAGAUGGCCCACGACGAGGACGUGGGAAGCAACUCACUGCUGACUUACCAGCUCUCCAGCAACCCCUCCUUCUCUUUAGCGUUGAAGGAGAGCGAGGACGGAAGCAAGCAGCCUGAAUUAGUGCUGGAGAGAGCCUUGGACCGGGAGAAGCAGAGCUCUUUUGAGCUGCUACUGACGGCAGUAGAUGGCGGGGAACCCAUGAGAACUGGGACUGUUGAAGUUCGGAUCAACGUGACAGACGCCAAUGACAACCCACCUGUAUUCUCGCAGGAUCGGUACAGCACGAGCCUCCGGGAGGACGCACUGCCGGGUUCGGAGGUAUUGAAAGUGUCAGCCUCAGACGCCGACGCCGGCACCAAUGCUCAUAUCACCUAUCAUUUCGGCAAAAUGCCGGCCAAAGUGCUUCAGCAAUUCGUGGUGGACAGGGAGAGUGGGACAAUCACACUGCAGGAGCCUCUGGACUUCGAGAACAUGCGAGCUUUCAGCUUGCCUGUGGAGGCGAGGGACGGUGGCGGUCUGGUGGCGCACUGCAAGGUGGAGGUGGAGGUGCUGGACGUGAACGACAACGCACCCGAAAUCACCAUUCUGUCUGUGUCGAGUCCGGUGCCCGAGGACGCGCCAGUCGGCACCGUGGUGGCCCUGCUCAACAUCCAUGACCCGGACUCCGGCGAGAACGGUGAGGUGUCGUGCGAGCUGUCGGGGGAGGCGCCCCUGUCGAUCGUGGCGUCGUCGGGCGGCUCGUCCAAGGUGGUGACGGCGAGCGCGCUGGACCGCGAGCAGGCGUCCGAGCACCGCGUGACGGUGGUGGCCCGGGACCGGGGCAGGCCGGCGCUGUGGAGCAGCAGGGAGCUGUUGCUGGAGGUGUCGGACGUGAACGACAACGCGCCGGUGUUCGAGGAGGCGUCGUACAGCGCGUACGUGCGGGAGAACAACGCGGUGGGCUUGCUGGUGUUGCGCGUUGUGGCUCGGGACUUGGACGCGGGCGCGAACGGGCGCGUGAGCUACUGGCUGUCGGGCGGCAGCGCGGGCGCGGCGGGCGCGGCGCCGCUGGUGUCGGUGGAGGCGCGGAGCGGCGCGGUGUACGCGCAGCGCUCGUUGGACUACGAGCAGUGCCGCGAGUUCUCGGUGGCCGUGCGGGCGCAGGACGGCGGGUCGCCGGCGCGCAGCUCGACGGCCACGGUGCGCGUCUUCGUGCUCGACCAGAACGACAACGCGCCGCGGGUGCUCUACCCGCCCCCGCCGGCGGCGUCGGGAGCGGCGUCUGCGGGCUCGGUGGGUUCGGCUUUCGAGGUGGUGCCGCGUUCGGCGUCGUCCGGGUACCUGGUGGGCAAGGUGGUGGCGGUGGACGCGGACGCGGGGCGCAACGCGUGGCUGUCGUACGAGCUGGUGCAGGCGUCGGAGCCGGCGCUGUUCCGCGUGGGGCUGCAGAGCGGCGAGGUGCGCACGGCGCGGGCCGUGUCGGAGAGGGACGCGGCCAAGCAGCGCCUGGUGGCCGUGGUGAAGGACCACGGCGAGCCGGCGCUGUCGGCCACGGCCACGCUGCACGUGGUGCUGGCCGAGAGCUUGCAGGAGGCGCUGCCGGAGCUGAGCGAGCGGGCGGCGGGCGCCGAGGCGGCGGGCGAGCUGCAGUUCUACCUGGUGCUGGCGCUGGCGCUGCUGUCGGCGCUGUUGGUGCUGAGCGUGGCGCUGGCCGUGCUGGCGCGGCUGCGGCGGGCCGGGCCGCCCGCCGUGCUGCGCUGCCUGGGCGCGCAGCGCUUGUCGCUGGCCGGCGCCGCCUUCCCGGCCGACUUCUGCGAGGGCACCUUGCCCUACUCCUACAACCUGUGCGUGGCGGCGCCGCCCCGCGCCAACCCCGAGGCCGCUUGGCCGCCGCCGCCGCUGCCCAUCGUGCCCGCGGAGGAGCUUGUGGCCGGGGAGCCCUGCGAGAAGCCGAGCCCGAACAGCAGCACCGUCGCUGGAGAGCCGCCCGCUGACCCCGACGCACCGCAGGUCUGUAAGCCGCACGUGUUGCUGUUCUCCUUUAGAAAGGAAACACUGUCCUCUUUCCUUUGGGUUUCUGGGGAUGGUCUGGGUGGGGAGUGCUGGUCCAUGUCUCCAUCAGGGGAUGAAAAAGCGGGGUCGCUCCUUUCUCCAAGAGUACACAUUCAUCCCCGCCAUCAGCCCGUGGGCAAAGCGAGCAGACAGAGCUCGUUGGCGCUCGGUGCGUGCAGUGCCGGGAGGAGGCUGCGGGCGCCGCUGUUGACCGAGAGGAGCGAGAGGAAGGUCGGAGCGCUGCAGCCCCGCCCGCUGCUGCCCGGCUCGAUCGCUGGAUCGCUGCCGGUCAGGAUCGGCGGCCGGGAGAUCUGCGAUCGUCCCCGCGGUGCGGAGCCCUUACGGAGAGGCGGCGGGGCCGCAAGAAGCGAGGCGUAAAAGUAGCGGGAGCCGGAUCGCCGGUGGUCGGCGGGGAUCUGCCGGCGGUGUUGCGGUGCCGGCGGUGCGGCGGCGGCGAUGUGCGCGGCGGGGAGGCGCUGGGGCCGGCGGCAGCGAGUGCUGCUGUGGGGCGUCCUGCUGGCGGCCUGGGAGGCGGCGUGGGGGCAGCUGCGCUACUCGGUGCCCGAGGAGAUGCCCAAGGGCUCGUUCGUGGGCGACGUGGCCAAGGACCUGGGGCUGCAGCUGCCAGCGCUCCGAGAUCACGGUGUCCGAGUUGUCUCCGAAGGUAGGACGCAGUAUUUGGCUUUGCACGGGAAGACGGGACAUUUAGUGACGGCCGAGAAGAUCGACAGAGAGCAGCUGUGCGAGAGUGUGGAGCAAUGUGUGCUGCGCUGUGAGCUGAUAGUGGAGGGGGAAAUGAAUUUUUAUGAAAUCGAAGUAGAAAUCACGGACAUUAACGACAACGCGCCCACUUUCAAAGAAAUAGAGCUGGAGGAGACGAUAAGCGAGAAUACAGCCCCAGGUUCGCGGUUUUCACUUCCCAGGGCUCACGACCCCGACUCUGGACAGAAUUCCCUGCAGAGCUACGAACUGAGCGGCGACGAGCACUUCUCGCUGGCCGUGCAGACGGGCCCCGGCGGGGAUCAGCGUCCCGAGCUGGUGCUGGCGAAGGCGCUGGACCGGGAGGAGGCGGCGUUCCACGAGCUGGUGCUGAGGGCGAGCGACGGCGGCGAGCCGGCCCGGACGGGCACGGCGCGGAUCCGCGUGACGGUGCUGGACGCGAACGACAACGCGCCCGUGUUCAGCCAGGCGGAGUACACGGUGCGUGUGCCGGAGGACGUGCCCGUGGGCUCCACCCUCAUCACCGUCACAGCCACCGACCCUGACGAGGGGCCGAACGGGCACGUGAAAUAUUCGUUGAAAACAAUCACAGGAAAAGCCUCGGAGAUUUUCCAGCUGGACAGCGAGACUGGGGAGAUCACGCUGAUGCGAAGCCUGGACUUCGAGCGGAGCGACUCGUACGAACUGGAUGUGCAGGCACGGGACGGCGGCAGCCUGUCUGACAGAGCAAAAGUUGUGAUAACCGUGACAGACAUUAAUGACAACACGCCCGAGAUUUCGGUGCGGUCAGCGCUGAGUGAGAUUUCUGAGGACGCCCCAUCGGGUACUGUUGUAGCCUUGCUACAGGUGCAGGACCGGGACUCGGGGACGAACGGCGAGGUGCGCUGCUCCCUCGACGGGGACGUCCCGUUCCGCCUGGAGAGCUCGCAGGGCAGCUACUACCGUGUGGUGACAGCGAGAGAGCUGGACCGGGAGCAGGAGUCGGAGUACAACGUGACGGUGCGGGCGGCCGACGGCGGUCGUCCGUCGCUGCAGAGCAGCAGGGUGCUGUGUGUGCGGGUGCUGGACGUGAACGACAACGCGCCGGUGUUCUUGCAGGAGCGCUACAGCGCUCGUCUGUCGGAGAACAACGUGGCGGGCUUGCUGGUGCUGCGGGUGCGGGCGACGGACUCGGACUGGGGGGAGAACGCGCGCGUGCGGUACCGGCUGGGGGAGGGUGGUGUGCGGGGCUCGCCGCUGUCGUCGUACGUGUCGGUGCAGGCGGAGACGGGCGCGCUGUACGCGCUGCGCUCGUUCGAUUACGAGGAGGUGCGCGAGGUGGGGCUGUGGGUUUGGGCGGAGGACGGCGGCUCGCCGGCGCUGAGCAGCAACGUGUCGGUGCGGCUGGUGAUCGUGGACGAGAACGACAACGCGCCGCAGGUGCUGUACCCGCCGGCGGCGGGGGCUUCGUCGGGCUCGGUGUGGUCGGGCGUGGAGCUGGCGGCGCGGUCGAGCGAGGCCGGCGCGCUGGUGGCCAAGGUGGUGGCGGUGGACGCGGACGCGGGUCAGAACGCGUGGCUGUCGUACGAGCUGGCCAAGGCGACGGAGCCGGGGCUGUUCCGCGUGGGGCUGCACAGCGGCGAGGUGCGCACGGCGCGCUCGCCACUGGCCCGCGACGCGGCGCGCCAGAGCCUGGUGGUGCUGGUGAAGGACCACGGGCGGCCGGCGCUGUCGGCCACGGCCACGCUGAGCGUGGUGCUGGCCGAGAGCGUGGCCGAGCUGCUGGCCGAGCUGGGCAGCGCGGCGCGGGCGGAGGCGGAGGCGGGGGCGGGCGAGGCGGGCGGCAGCCUGACGCGCUGGCUGGUGCUGGCCGUGGCCGCCGUGUCGUGCCUCUUCGUCGCCUUCCUGCUGCUGCUGCUGGCGCUGCGCCUGCGGCGCUGGCGGCGCUCGCAGCAGCAGCUGCUGGCGGCGGGCAGCGGCGCCUUGCGCGGCGUGCCGGCCACGCACUUCGUGGGCAUCGACGGCGUGCGCGCCUUCCUGCACUCCUACUCGCACGACGUGUCUCUCACGGCCGACUCGCGCAAGAGCCACCUCCGCUUCUCGGCCGCCAGCUGCUGCGACACCCUGCCGGCCCGGCCGCCGCCCGACGAGCCCGCGCCGCUGCUCGGAGACGAGGAACCUGCCGGCCCCCAGCAGGCGGACCCCGCCCCUCUCCCGGUGAGUUUCUCGUACUAGCCCGUGUCCGUGACGGU